CUUUGUUUUGACGUAUUUUCGUUUGAUUAUGACAGUGAGAUUUGGAUUGUAUCGCUCGAUUUUGUUGUAAAUAAUUUGUAAUUUAAGGAAAUUCCAUCUCAUCUAAUCGCGUUUGGAGCACACAGACUGGAAAUUUAAUCUGUGCUCAGAGUUUGUAGAAGUUAUUAAAAUCAGAUCACACAACUGAAUUCAGUAAAAUGGCAAAAGUGCAUAUUACCAAUGUGGUCGUACUGGAUAAUCCAAGCAGUUUCUUCAAUCCAUUUCAAUUCGAACUGACAUUCGAAUGUAUCGAAGGAUUAACCGAGGACUUGGAGUGGAAAAUGAUUUACGUUGGAUCAGCCGAAUCAGAAGAUCAUGAUCAAGUACUAGACACGAUUUACGUUGGCCCAGUACCGGAGGGUCGUCACAUUUUCGUAUUCCAAGCUGAUCCGCCUGAUGUUACCCGAAUACCCGAACAGGAUGCGGUUGGCGUUACAAUUGUUUUAUUGACGUGUUCCUAUCGAGGACAAGAGUUUGUACGUGUUGGCUAUUUCAUAAAUAACGAUUACUCGGAUCCAGAACUGAAGGAAAUGCCGCCAGCAAAGCCACAAUUCGAUAAAUUGACCAGAAAUAUUCUAGCCACAAAGCCUCGAGUCACCCGCUUCAAAAUCAACUGGGAUGAUACACCGAACAAUGGUGGCAUUAAUGGUGAUGGUGUUAUGGAUGCGGAUGAGGCGGCCGGUAUAGCUGCAGGUGAAAGUAGUGAAAUCGCCUCAAAUCUGGGAGAUGUGCGAAUGAACGAAAAUUCUAAUUCACUGGCGAUGGAGUGUUAGUAUCGAACAAUGGUGUCGGAUUCCUUGUAUCUCACGUACUUGUUAACUUUCUACAAAAAUUAAAAAGAAAAAAAAAUAUUUUCGAUAAAAUGGAA